AUGCGCGCGUGUCCCUCCGUCGCCGCCGCCGCCUCGCGCGGCGUCGUCGUCCAUCACGCCACCGCGCGCGCCAGGUCGUCCCCGCGCGUCGUCCUCCCCGCGUCCUCCCGGCGAGGCGUCGCCAUCGCGCGAGCGCCGCGCGCGGACGCGUCCGGCGACGGCGUCGUCGACGCGCCGUCGCCGUCGCCGUCGCCGUCGCCGUCUCCCCCGCCGCUAUCGCUCGCGGAGGAGGAGGAAGAAGAAGAAGACCCGGACGCGGAGGCGCGCGCGGCGUUGACGCGCCGCCUGAUGGCCCUCGCCGCGGCGUCCUCGCGCGGGCAGCAGGACACGCGCGAUACGAGGGCGUCAGUCGAGGACGUCGUGACCGAGCUCGAAUUCAUGAACCCGACGACCGAUCCCGCGUCCGCCAUCGACGGCGAGUGGACGCUCGUCUACGCCAACGUCGAGGCGUUCCGGUCGUCGCCGUUCUUCUGGGCGUUCCAAGACGCGAUCCCGGGGGGGGAAGAUCUCGCGAACGGCGUGUUCAAGUUCACCGCGGGACUCCCGGUCGCUGGGACCGCGGGGCCGUUCGGCGCCAUCAAGCAGAUCGUCAACCUCGAGUCGGGCGCGUCCCAUCUCAUCACACUGGUCCCCGUACGACCCCGCGAGCUCGUCUCCGAGGUGGAGAUGAAGAUCUUCGACCCGUUCUUCGGCGCGCUGAGCGGGAUAAGCGGCGUCGUCGUCUCCGCCGCGAACGUGCGGGUCGUGGACGAGGAGACGAUCGCGGUCGCGCCGCGGACGACGCGGAUACGGAACAGCAACGUCGGCGCGGGGCUGCUCGAAGGCGCGUCCUACGAGUACUCGUUCGUUUAUCACGCCGGUCCCGACGCGACGCCGUUCCUCCCUCGAGGACUUACUUUCUCUUCGCCCUUCGCCCUCUUCGUCGCUCUCGACCGUCCAAUGAAAGUCCACGCACGCCACGUCAUCAAACCACUCAUCAAUCACAUCACUUCCCGCCACGUCGCCCGCCAAUCAUAA